AUGGGAUGGGUGUGGAAGGACGACGAUGAAUCGGAAGAAUUCAAGUCUUCGUCCUCCGUCGGCGAAAUUGAAGCCUACAAGAAGCAGUCGUCCGAUGAGGUUUGCUCGACGAGGAAAGUGGUGAGGUCGAACUGCAAGACGGAGGAGGUGGAGCCUGUAAAGUUUCUCUGCAAGUGCGAGAAGACCGAGGAGGUUCUCAGAGAGUUCCUUGGAAAUUUUGGCCCGGCCUCAAGGCUCGCCAGCAAGAUCGAUGUUGACGAAUUCGAUGAGGCAUCGACUUCUCACAGCGACGAAGUGGGGUCUCAACCUAGAUCUGAGAACCGAUGUCGGAGGAGGAAGGAGAAAGAUCGAUUCGCUCCAAUUGGAAUAAGAAACCCGCCUCCGCUGAUAAAGUUUCGCGAGUCUUCUUGGCUGAACGAUGCCUUUGCUGAAUCUCUAAAUCGGGGGAAGGAUGGGGAUUGGGGAGAGACAGAUCUAAGAUGGAGACGGAUUGGUGGCGGAGGCGAAACAGUGGUGAUGGAGAAGGAAAGGGAGGAUUGCUUGAAGGAGGUUCUGGGUGGUGGCGGAGCGAUGACGAAUUGGUGGGGGAUGGUAGUGUAUCGGACGGGAGGGUUAUUCGUGGUGGGGGAGGCGAUGGCAAAACUGGUGGCGGCGGAUUGGUUCAGGUAA